UGCGUUGCGCGUGACGAAAGCGGAAGGACACAAAAACAAAUGCCGGCGAGUGAAUGACAGCGUGUGAACGCGUGUAGCCCAGAUGAAGGUGAAAUACCGAGAUUAAAAAACAAAAGAGGAUUGUUUACACUUACUGAACCAGACAGUACUGCGACAGAGUCUCUGGAGAACGAGUUUGGGACGUCUCGGAACACGCGACUGACGGGCGUUUCGUGUUACCCAGAUGUGUUUCACCUGUGAAGGCUGCGCUUGUUGUUAAAAAGGAUAAGCCAAGAUGAAGAUCGGAGAGCUGCCUAUGGGAGAAAAGCGGGGUAUUUUGAAGCGGAGAUAAAGAAGGAAAAUCAAUCGAAGGCACUGCAAAAACACUUGUCUCACAUGGCCGUGCGACUGCUGAAAGUGUCGUCGGUUGCGACUACGCUCAUCGCCUCGUCCGGAUUUUACCUGCACUCUCAGAACUUCGACCUCAACGACCUCAGCAUCGUCAGAUUCGGCCGAGCGGCUGCUGCGACGGCGGUCAUCAGUUAUGACUAUCUCACCGCUCUGCGAGAGGUUCGGUACGGGACAGACGAGUACUGGAGCCUCAAAUCAGAGGUCCACAGACGCUCGGCGGAGAGGCUCAGAGACCUGUGCUGUGCGAACCGAGGCACGUUCAUUAAGGUGGGGCAGCAUCUCGGUGCUUUGGACUACCUCCUGCCCGAGGAGUACACCAGCACUCUGAAGAUCCUCCACAGCCGAGCUCCGUCCAGCACCAUGCAGGAGAUCCAGCAGGUCAUCAGAGAAGAUCUGGGCAAAGAGCUGGACGAGUUGUUUGUGAGCUUUGAGGAGAAGCCACAGGGGGCAGCGUCUCUCGCACAGGUCCACAGGGCCGUCCUGGCUAACGGCACGACGGUGGCGGUCAAAGUGCAGCAUCCGAAGGUGAAGGCUCAGAGCUCCAAGGACAUCGUGGUGAUGGAGUUCCUCCUGCAGGUGGUUCAUUGGAUCUUUCCAGACUUUGAGUUCAUGUGGCUGGUCGAAGAGGCUAAACGAAACAUGCCUCUCGAGCUCGACUUCCUGAACGAGGGACGAAACGCUGAGAAAGUGUCCCACAUGCUCAAACACUUCGACUUCCUCAAGGUACCGAAGAUCCACUGGGACCUUUCGACCAAGCGUGUCCUGACCAUGGAAUUUGUAGACGGGGGGCAGGUGAACGACCGCGAGUACAUGGUGGCGCACGGAAUAAACGUGAACGAGGUUUCCAGGAACUUGGGCAAAAUGUACAGUGAGAUGAUAUUCGUGAGCGGUUUCGUGCACUGCGACCCUCACCCCGGCAACGUACUGGUGCGCAAGUGCCCGAGAAGCAAUAAGACGGAAAUUGUUUUACUCGAUCACGGCUUGUAUCAGUUGCUGAAGCCUGAGUUUCGGCUGAACUACUGCAGACUGUGGCAGUGUCUCAUAAAGGGAGACAUGAAGGGUAUCGAGCGCUACAGUAGACGUCUGGGGGCGGGAGACCUGUACCCGCUGUUCGCCUGCGUCCUCACGGGCCGCUCCUGGAGCUCGGUCAGCACCGGCAUCAGCCAGACCCCUGUCACGAACGCUGAGGAUGUGGAGAUCCGCACGAACGCGACGCUCUACCUCCCUCAGAUCAGCGAGCUGCUGAAUCGAGUUCCUCGGCAGAUGCUGCUGCUGCUGAAGACCAACGACCUCCUGAGGGGCAUCGAGACGGUGCUGCAGACCCGCGCCAGCUCCAGCUCCUUCAUCAGCAUGAGCCGCUGCUGCACACGGGCACUCGCCAGUUAUAAGAGGAGUAAGACUGACUCGAGGACGAGGAGGCUGCAGAUCAGCGUGUCCGAGGCGCUCUCUCUGUGUCAGAUCAGUCUGUACGAAGUGGUUUUGUGGAUCCGGAGCUCAUCGUUGGUGAAGUGGAUGUAUUACGUGCUCGGCCGUUUGCCCUUCGCACACUGAAGGGGUUAAAGAGGGUUAAAGACGGACCGCUACACAGCCUCGCUGCCUCUCCUCGUCCUCGCUCUCUGACCUCUCAUCACGCUACCAACACCACACGGCGAGACGAGACGAGACGAGACGAGAACCCGGAUCUACCGCGUGGAGUUAAAUCUGUUAUCGCUGUACGUCACAAUAUAAUCGUUCGACCCGUUAUAGGAGUAAUUUGGCAUUAGCAUGGACUUAAAUACACGUCGAGAACCAUAUUCAGUAAGAUGCGGAGUCGUAUUUGCGCAUGUAAUAAAAAAAAUGUAAAAAAAAACCACAGACACAAAUGCAUUCGAAUGCACACAUACCGUAUCAUUCAUCAGAGCCAUUUUGCGAUCGCAGAAACGCACGCGAAAGCAAGCAGACGCCGCGAUAUCCGGAGGAGCUCGGAGUUUUUCAACAUCACGGCAGACCUGACCCGAGACGCGUCACGCGACGUCAUCGCGACGCAGCGCGCGUCCAGCCAAAGCCCUCUUCAAACACGACUGCAGCUCUCGCUCGCCAACAAACAUCACCGCGAAAGCGCUCGCGGAUCUGAUUUCGCCAAUCCGGGUAGUUUUCCGCAAAAGAAAAAAAACGAAACAGAACGGCGACACAAAAACGUCGCGAUUUUGACAAAAGCCGCAACGAAAUCGAGCAGCCAAAACAAUUCCAAAAAUAUUGGGCGGAAUCCUGUACGGACCGAUUUCCUGCGCCGCGGUUUUCGUUUUUUUCCGCCGGAUUCCAGUCGACUGUGUUUCCAGACUAAGAUUCUGACUCAUAUUCACUGCUGCAUAAAUUAUCCUCGCUGUCACUGUUCGCCACCGCCGUCCUGAUCGGAAGAAGCGGAUUCGCUACCCGGUUACACAAACUAUUCAAUUAAAAAAAAAAAAAAAAUGUAAAAAGACGACCUCUCGAAAUUUACUUCAACAUUUCAUUCGCCGCUAUGAAAUUUUUUUCCGCGUAUAAUAAAUACUUUUUUUUUUUUUUUUUUUGGUGCACAUUUGUGGAUUCAAAUGCAUUUCUGUUUAACCCCUCGCGAUUUAUUAUGUUUAAAAAAAAAAAAAAAAAAAAAAAAAAAAAGUGCAAAAUCCUUUUCAGCACACAAACCCUGCUCAUAAAUGACUCAUUUGAGUGAAUCAAUUUGCAUCAUCGGUGUCUACAUGAACUUUUUUUUAAUUUUUUACAUUUUUUUUUUUAUUUAUACCAAAAUGGACUCCUUUUCAUACCGAACAUGGACGGAGAAGCAUCUUCGUCACGUGGCGCGUCUUCUCAUCGCGUGCGUCUCCUUCAGGACGCCCGAGCUCCUUACGACGAAGCAGGAAAUGUCUUCUUUUAUUACAACGCGACUUGCCUGAAAUAGCUAGCGGUUUAUUUUUGCCGGCGCACUUCUACUUAACGUUAACCGGCGAGUUAAAGUGUUCGUUCGGGUGCCUGCGAACGAGCCGUUACUAUAGAGACGGUAACUGUUGUAGUAGCUGUAAUGUAAGGGAGGUUGUAGUUGGUUUGUUUUUGCAGAGCAGAUAUUUAAUGGAACAUAAAAAUGACGUGCCGUUCUUUAAUAAACAAAACAAAUGGGUGGUGUAAGAGGAAUAAAACACGUUUUUUUUUUUUUUUUUUUUGUGACUCUGCUUCAUCACACCACCAUGUCGUUGAUUGUUUUCCUACAACAGCACAACACGGAGUGCUUUAUUCUUUACUGAUCCCUUGAAAAAUAUAUUCAAUAUGUAUCGGUGUAUUUUUUCUUCCUCUUCUUCUUUAUUCUUAUAGUAAGAGUUGCUCGAAUAUUCCUGACCUGUGUUGUACGUGUGUGGUAUUUUAGGAAACUCAAAAAUAUUCGCGUUUUAAUUAUGGAAUCGAUAUGAUAAUUAGAAGGAUGUAUUAUGUUCAUUAUAACUGUAACAUUUUUCCCUCUUGGUCCUGUUUCUGACUGUGAUGAUUUGCUGUAUUUUUUUUUUUUUAAUUCCUUCAUCCUGUUUGAACCUGAACAGAUUCUGAACGUGAUCAUGUUUACGUCUCAGUGACGAUGCGUCAAUAUACAGUAUGGUUUUUGUUGUUUUUUUUGGUUCGACGUGUUGCGCUGUUAUUUAAACGUGAUACGAGUGAAUAGCGAUGAAUGAAACAUAAACAAAUACGCUGAUGUGAGAUAAUCACACACCGACACGGUGUUCCUCAAGAAAAUGUGUUU